AUGGUGGAUUCAGAAGUUACAAUUUUUGAUCGAAUAGUUAGUGGAGAAAUACCAUGUAGGAAAAUUUAUGAAGAUGAUCUUUGUAUUUCUUUCCAUGAUAUUAACCCUGUCGCCCCAGUACAUGCAUUGCUAGUUCCAAAAACGAAGAGUGGUUUAACGAGGUUAAGCAAAGCUACUGAAGCACACAAAGAAAUAUUGGGGCACUUAAUGACUAAAAUUCCAGUAGUUGCCAAACUUUUAGGUUUAGAGGAUUUUAGAGUCGUAAUAAACGAUGGCGAAGACUCAUGCCAAACAGUAUUUCAUCUGCAUAUUCAUAUACUAGGCGGCCGUAACUUUUCAUGGCCACCAGGUUAA